AUGUCGUCUGAUGAGCCAGCUGAAGCUGUGAGUGAAAAAGUUUCGGAAACAAGUAAAAAAAGAAAGCACGUAGGCGAAGUUGAACCCGUGCUUAAUGAUAGACCUCGACGACAAGCACGUCCAGUUGUGCCUUACGGCUCUCAAGCUUCUGAAACAAAGUUACGUAUCAAACCACCCGUUAAUAUAGUCCAGGGAAAGGGUAUCCCACUUGGUCAAAUCCCAUCAGUAGCUCGUGCAAUCGACAAGCACAAAACAUCGGACGAAACUCUUAAAAACAUACACAGAUUAUUUUACGGUCGAGCUGGUACAAAAAAUGACAUCAAGUCGCAUCUACGCGCUUUCUCAGGUCUUAAUCCCGAAUCUCCCGUCGAUGCAACGGUGAUCAAAGAAAAGCUUGAAAAAUUGAAAAUGAUUGCAUUGAAAAAGAUGUGCGCCUUUUUUAAUAUUAAAGUAUCGGGUGACAAAUCUUCAAUUAUCGAAAGGUUAAUUGAAUUUAUAAAAGAACCUUUCGAUACUUCGAAUAAAAAAGAUCUAAAAUUGCAUAAAGAUAAAAUUAAAAAAUUAGAAUUGAAUCAAAAAGCUCGAGAUAUAUUCUUUCUUGAACAGAGAAGCAUAUUCAAAUCUAAAGAAGAAAACAAAUCUGCAACUAGAACUCAAAUUGAUAAGCAGUUGUUAAAUGCUUGGAAUAAUAUGUCAGAGAAAGACAGGGAACCUUAUUUCGUUCGCGCCAAGGAUACCAAAAAUAAAAGAACUCUAACCGCCAAAAAAACUGAACCUCCGAAAAAGUCAUCCGAAACUCUUGAUAACAAUGAUGACGACGAUGAUGAGGAAGAGAAAAAGCCAAAAAAAAGAGUUAGGGUCGCCAAGAAAGGGACCACAAAGACUGUCAAAAGUAAAUUUAAAUCACCCGAGACCAUAGAAAGCGAAGACGAUAAGUCUGAAGAUCCUGAAAAUGAUAAUGUAGAAAAGGAACCGGUCAAUGAUAGUGCAGACAAGAAACCAGACGACAAUGCAAUUGACGAAAAACAUGAAGGUGAUAAUAAAAAUGAAUCGGAUGGAUUGAGCGAUGUACCAGAUGAGACUGAUAACGAAAAGGAGCCACCACGCAAGAAGACUAAGAAGAAUGUUGACAAAGAUCAUGAAAAUUAA